CGAUCCGGCAAAGUCUUUUUUCUCACUUUCGAGUGGUCGGCGGCAUAAUGUGCAACAGGCACUGCAGCCUACAGUCCAUGCUCUUCUGUCAUUCUUUCCCGGCCGUGCUAGUCUCAGGGAAGGAACUUAAUUUAGUCAUAAAAGCGAGGUUCGUUCAUUCCCAAUUUCAUGUAAGCUUGUACUCAGAUGUCACAAUUUACGACCCCGUUCAAUAACAAUCGCCGCCGAAUUUCGCCCAAAGAAUAAAUUGAAGGAUUUGGUGACAUGGAAGAACAAAGUAAGGUCAGUCAUCGCAAGAGAAAAAUUUACUGACCGAUUAUCCCAGCGUUAGAAAUGAGACUCGGUGAUACACUAGCCCCUUCCGAGACCCCAGCCACCGUCGAAUCCCCGGUGUUAUGUCCAAGCUCUAUUAAUGAGAAGGUUUUGAUAAGGAGAAUCGAUAUACGCGUGAUACCAAUGCUUGUUAUCAUAGCUCUCUCUUCAUUUCUUGAUCGGUAAGUAAAUAAGCCUACGUAUGUGCUGUUACUGAAUUAUGAACUAAUGAGGUCCAAGUGUAAACAUAUCCAAUGCUUUGACCAUGAGUCUUCCAAAAGACCUUGGGCUUAAGGGUGUUGAAACGAAUGUUGCACUUACGAUAUUUUUCAUUCCUUACAUCCUCUUCGAAAUACCAUCGAACCUAGUGAUUAAGAAAUUUAGGCCAAGUAUAUGGCGUAAGUAUUCUUUGCAGUUUCUUUAUUGAAUAAAACUUACACGCUCCUAGUUCCUGUAUGCAUUAUGUUCUUUGGAGUCGUCACACUUGCCCAGGGUUUUGGUGGGACCUCUUAUUGGGCCAAUUGAUGGUAUGCUAAAGAUCAAAACAGUGACAACUUAUAGAGGACUGCUGGUGACAAGAUUCUUUCUUGGGCUAGCAGAAGCGGGCGUCUAUCCGGGAAGUUCGUAAUUUAGCUCAAGUUACUUUGUAGCAUUUCGAAUGUUGACGAUAAAGCAGGUUUCUAUCUUAUUAGUACGUGGUAUAAGAGAGAAGAAUCCCAGAAAAGGUUCACCGCAUUUUAUGGCUCGGUGUUUAUCGCGAACAUAUGUGGAGGACUUCUAGCUAGCGGUAUUGCCAAGAUGGAUGGAAUCCGAGGCCUAGUAAGCAGCGUUCCCCCCCAGAAUUGUUGCUAGAUAGCAGGCGUGAGCAAGGGUGCUAUUGUAUCUGUACUUGUUUUUCCAAACAACUGACAUCCCAUAGCAUAACUGGCGAUGGAUUUUCAUUCUUGAAGGAGCAUUUACACUUCUCGUCGGGAUUCUGUCUCUUUUCCUAGUCGCAGAAUUCCCAGAAAAUGCAACGUGGCUCAGCGACGAAGAAAGAAAAUUUGUUAUUGCCAGGGCUAAAUGCACUGGCCAGACUGAUAAUAUUACUCCACGCGACAUUGUGGUAUUCUUCAAAGACCCGAAUAACAUUUUGGCGGGCAUCAUGUACUUGUGUAGGUCUCGUAUGAAAGUAUUGAGUUGCCGAUAUGCUGACAUUUCCCAAGGCCUUAUAAUCCCCAUAUAUUGUGAGUCCUCCCUUCGUUUCUGUAAACAAAACUGAUUUCUUUCGUGAAGCUUUUGCAUACUUUACACCGACAAUUGUCAAAACUUUGGGAUACUCGGUGAUCCAAACUCAGCUUCAUUCAGUGCCGCCUAUAGCAGCAGCUUUUGUAUUAUGCACCCUCUUGGCCUACUUGUCAGAUAAAGUUCGACUGCGCUUUCCCUUUAUCGCGUUCGGUAUAAUUUUGGGGAUCUCUGGUCUUUCAAUAAUGAUGACGAUACGCCACAACUUUUCAGUACAGUAUGCCGGUCUGUGUCUCGCAGCAAUGGGGUUGUUCUCAUGCUCACCCUUGAUUAUUUGCUGGUAUGUCAUGAAUUUCCAAAGCCAUACCGAAAGAGCAAUUGGAACAGCAUGGUUGAAUGCUUUUGGAAAUUGUGGAGGAUUUGUUGCGACUUUUGCGUUUCUUCAAACGGAUGCUCCUUAUUACCAUAUUGGGUACACGAUUUGUAUGGUUGCCGUUUGCCUUUGUGGUGGAGCUGCAAGUUUAUAUGCUUUGUUGCUCCGCAGAAAGAAUAUGGCCCUGAGAAGUAGCACUAUGGGCGAGAAAUCUACACCGUACUACUCAUUGUAAAUAAAGAAGC